UCUGUCCCAAAAUUUUCCAGACUAUCGCCAUCAGGCCUCUUUCAAUUCCAAACUCAUUUUACUAUUUGAACUCGCCCGUGAGCCUGCAAGCAUCUAACGCCGUGGGCAAACCAAACCUGCGGCCGCAAUCAAGUCUCAGUGCCGCUUUCGAACACAUCUCACCAACACUCAGGCAGACACCGAGCCACGACUAUCACAUGCCAGUGCCCGACGUAAGGUAGAUUUAUUAUCAGUCCUAGCCACUUGGUAAUUCCAGCAACCAGGGCGAUCAGAUCAACGACCGUAGUCACGAAUAUAUUUCAUACUACCCAUUUGCUCCCGAGUUUUCAGCUGGAUGUGGUCGUAUGUGAAAGGAUUGAAUGGUCCUAGGCCUCACAAAGGUCUGGGGAUGUCAUCCUAGUCAUCGAGGCAAGGUGGCAGGUCAGAGGCAGGACGGGAGCCACUCACAUCGGCAUCACGGCCCAACACCUCUCGCGAAUCCGACAGUGUCAGAGGUUUGUAUUCUCUACCUCAAACACCUCAUCGUUUUACUUUGAUAUUAUGGAGAACCCCGAAAAACCAGCUGGUGGACAGGCCGACGAUCUUCACUCCAUGCCAUGCGUCCUGAAGCUUCCCUUCGAGUCCCUUUCCACGGCCCCCAUUUCCCUCGACCAAGUACCCGCAGCUCGGUACCGUUUCAUCGACGCCAAACCCUUCGCCAACGGCAGGUAUCUCCGAGUAGUCGAAACAGACAUCCUGCCCAAAAACCGCUACGCCGCCAUCUCCUACGUCUGGAAAGGCGUCCCCCCCUUAAACCCCACCGCCAACCCACCCCCAACAAUGACCAUCAAAUCCGCCUUCAACGCCGACCCCAUCUCCCUCCCCGCCCUCCGCACCGCCUGCCGCGCCGCCCUCCAGCUUGAAUGCCCCCUCGUCUGGCUCGACGGCCUCUGCAUCAAGCAAGGGGACGAAGACGACAAGGCUUGGCAGAUUCAGAGAAUGUUCUCCAUCUAUGAGCACUGCCACGUCUGUCUCAUCCUCCCUGGAGGUUUGUCACGACUUGUCGCCCUUGAGGAAGAAACCAACUGGGUCUCCCGCGCAUGGACUCUCCAAGAAGCUAUCGCGCCGCCCCGGUGCAAGGUGUUAUUUUCAUGGACCCAUGGCACUUGUUAUCUAGAGUCGCUGUUCUACUUGUAUGUUGAACAAGUGGAGGGUGACGAGUCAGGGGCGGGAAUGACGGAGCUGAUGUCUUUGUUGGCGGCGUCUUCUAGGGCGACUUAUCUGGUUACGAAAUCGGAAGAUGAUCCCACGCAGGAAAAGAAACAGAAGUUGGAAAUGAACUUGAUAGUGGGGGAUAAACGGCCCGGGGACAGGGUGCAGAGGAAUGCACUGAUUGGGGCGCUGGAUCUGAAGGGGAACGAGGGGAUGGCCUCGGCGAUUUGGCGGGCGGCCAUGAUGUGUGUUGCGUAUCGGCCUGUGGAUAUGAUUCUCAGUAUUAUGGGCAUGUUUGGAGUGUCUUUGGACGCAAGGGAGUUUGGACACGAUGACAGGCUAAAGGCAGCACUCGCUCUCAUGAGAGAGAUUUUGGCUCGAGGUGGCCGGGCUGAGUGGCUUGGAGUGAUUCCAAGCCUGCCUCCAGGUAAGGUUUUCUCAACUGCACCAAACAUUCUGGAGCUUGGGGAAGGUGUUGAGGCGCAUUUGGGGGAUGAAGAUUCCAUGGAGAAUGGGUUGCUUUGGUGGUUACAGGGGGCCCCGACCGGUUUUGUCGAUGAAGACGGCUAUGUCAAUGUCACAGCACCAGUUGCCUCUGUGAUCGUGUCUGCUUCUGGGGGAUCUGAAAACACCACGGGCAAGGGGGCUCACAGUAUACGGGAUCAUGGACAUCAACAAUGGGACAUAAUCGACGUGCAAGGUGGAUCGUCGUUGCCACCAUACGCGGUUCACCUUGGAGAAAAGAAGAACUAUCUCAACGGAAGCUACCCUACUUGGUCUGACCCUGAGAAUAACCUGUUUAUGUUGGUAGGACAAGACAGCAACGGCGGGCUACGGGUCGCAGGAUAUGCUGUUGGAACAGCCCAGGUGCUUUCAUCUUCUGGAUGGAGCACAAAUGAGACAAUCAGGGUCAAGAUUAGAUCAGUAUACUGACCAAGAUCCUGAUGAGAACUUCGCUGAAGCCUACGUAUAAUGGGAACGGGCCAAAUCAUCCAGCGAUAUUUCUCCUAAGCACUCCCGUCUUCAUUCACUUGUUGGUCUCUCAUAUACCAUCAGUUCUCGCCGGUCACAGCUGGGAAUCUGCGCUGUCACCAAUGUCCAGAAUUUUAAGCUGGAGGUUGGCUACUGGAAUGGCACUGCCUUCCUCUUCUGACGAUAGAAACACAUCUUCCGUUUCGGUAAGUACCGGUGUAAUCCUCGCGGGUCCCCUGUCUGUGGAUACAGUUACAAAGCUUUCCAAGCUGGUUUCAGAAUCAUUCAGAUGCUCCAAGUCAGCCAGCAUCAUCGAAUGCUCUUUCGACAUUGGGCCGAAGAGCUUUGAAACGAGCCUGGGUGCCUGUGUGGCCUGGAAGAUAAUAAGGCUCGGUAGAUGCGAGGAUAAGUCAAGGAGUACAACCACUUCAAUGGCACUGAAGUCGCCGAUCCCUUUGAAUCUCACACCAAGAACCACAUUGUAAUGAAUGCGGGCAUGUGGUUGCCAGGCGCUUUCUCGGAGAAAUAUCUUGUCUGCGUCAUCCCACAGCGAAUGGGGAACUGCAUCUUCCACGUGGAACGUCUUGUUGACUUCGACGUGGAGUGAAUGCUUGCGGUAUCCAACGUAAAUGUCGUUUAUCUGACUGGGAAUAUCAGUAAGAAGAUAGUACUCGGACUGAUGAUGCUGAGCAUAUAGAGCGUCUACAGGGACCUCGGUAUCCAGCCCUGUUCUCAGAAAGAUUCCCGGCCCUAUCUUUGACAGUCGCAGAGCUGAGACCGAUGAAGACUGCAUGGUGCUGACACGUUCAGUCCAGGGACUGAAAGCACCCACAAUCAAAUAGUAGGUUGUUCCAUGAAUCCAGAGAGGCAUCCAAGUGUUGCGGGACACCCUGAGACCUCUUGUGGUUAUGGUUAUAUCGGGAAGACUUGGGAGGCAAUUGAUGACACCCGGGAUCCAAAACGCAUCUGGGGAGGGUGCAAAAAGACCCUGGAGGCCCUCUGAAGAGCCUUGGCCGCCCUGGACAGAGCCCCAUGCCAAAAUGGUCAUAUCACCAAUAGAUUUGACAAUUUCCUGCUGGAGCCUUUGGAAAGCCUGAAAGCCCUCUCCAUAAAUGAGAGGCAUGUGAAUGCCGAAUAUGCCAAGUAGACAGUACGCCUCAUCUUCUAUGCGCGUUGUCUCCCUGAAGGCCGCCCAUGACAUCCGCUGUGCCACAGACUUUGUGGUGAGCUCCUGCUCACGCUUUAAAAUUCCGAUUGGUAUGCGUGUAAUUCCCUUGAGUGUGACUGCAAGAUCGUGUUUGGACCCCCGAUAGACCCAAUUCUUAUCGUAAAACUUGAGCUUUGUUGGGGCGAUGAGCUCUUGAAGGGUCCAACCGCGCGUAAACCAGCGGCAUUUUGCAAAGCCUGAACUUGCGCUGAUUUCCGUCGUUGAC